AUGAAGAUCUUCUGUAUCAUCAUGCUGGUAAUUCUCAUGAUCACUGUGCAAGUGGCUGACGCAAAACGACGCACAAAACCACCCACAACAACAACAACAACAACUUCUAAACCCUGGUAUAAAAAAGCCUUGGAUUGGCUCACUGAAGAGAUGCCAACGACGAAAAGAAGUCGUUGGAACCCUUGUGGGAGAUCUGCCUCGUUUCCUUGCUAGCCAGACGAUUAUCAUUGAUUCGCAUGGAUUAUGAUAAACUGAUGCAAUU